AUUUUUCUUCAACUGUUUAUUUGCUGAAAAUGAAGAGUUGGAAACACCGCCCGAACCCAUCGAGUUGGGAUCACUGGCAUCACUGAAAUCAAUGAAACAAUUGAAUUCAUUACAUAUUCUGUACAAGAAUUUAAAUGAUAAUCACUUUCAAAACAUUAACAAUUAUUGUCCACAACUCAAGCGUUUAGUUUUGAAAACACAACAAAAGCUGUCAAACCAAACGUUGUAUUCCUUAUCAAAACUAAAAUCACUACAAUUAUUGAAAAUAUAUUCAACGCCUUAUAAAAUGACUGAAAUAUCUGAUGACGGGAUCUGUUGUCUUAUAGACAACUGUCCACAUCUGCGGGUAUUAACGUUGAAAUGUGGGACAACUGUUACCGAAACCACAUUUGAUGCCCUCAAGAGUCGGGUCAACCGAUGGCCGCACAGACUCUUUGUAUUUGAAUACUGUUGGCGACGGACUAAAGAGCAGCACUCGAUUGUAUGGACAGAAAACGAGGGUUUUGUAAACGCUGACAGAUUUUGGCCACAACUGCUAUCAAUGCCCGAGAAUUUAAUUAUCUAUAGCCGCGAGUAUUAUACGGGUUGGUGCGGCACCGGUGCUCUCACUGAGCAAAAUGAAUAUGCUGAUUUGUUUAAGACUGAUAAGGAAUGCGAUUUGCCAAGUGUGUUGCUGUCA